UUAUUUUUAAAUAACUUAAAAAACUAUUUAUAUAUACUUUUAUUUCUUUUCCUUUUUUACUAAUUUUUAUUCUUUUUUACACUAAAUAUAAGAGAAGAAAAUAAAGUCAAGCAUCCUUCUAUAUCAUAAAAUAGACUAUAAAAAUAUUUAAGCAUUAUAUAAAACAUCAAUUUUUAUUUUAUUUUAUUUUAUUUUUUUAUUUUAUUUUUUAUUUUUAUUUUUAUUUAUUUUUUAUUUUUUAUUAUAAUUAUCAAGGGAAGGAAUAUGACUACUUCAGGAACUCAGUCACCUUCAUCACUCAUUGCAACAUCUUCAAUAGAUCACAAUACUAAACAAAUUAAUAUUUCAAGCAAUAGGCAUUUUCAAGAACAGAAUAACGAUUCAUUAAAUAAUAAUCAUGAUAAUUUGAAUUUAUUACGUCGAUCCCGUGCUGAAACUAUGCCUACUUCAUUUCCUUAUAAUAUAUCAACUCAUCAAAAUAGUGAAGAUAAUAGAAUUAACUUGCAUCAUUGGAAUCAUGAUUCUACAAAUACUUUAUUGAUUCAAAGCCCAACUACGCCUACAACAGAUCAGUUAUUAAAAGGAGAUGCUAAUAACACGAUUGCUAGUACUUUUGCUUCAUUAGGUUUGGACGAACAUCAUAUAUCAUUAAAAAAACUAUCUGAAAACAUGAUUCAUACCAGUCAUUCUUAUUCUUCUCUUCAUACUUUAUCUGAAAAUCAACAAAAGGAUGAUUGGUAUGAUGAUAAUAAUAAUAAGACAAAUGAGUCACUUGCUUAUUUUAGUAGUAACAAGGGAGAAGACUUGCGUUCUUCUGUAGCCCAACUUCGACUUUCACAUCAUAUGAAUCGACCUCGUGCUAUGAGUGCUAUUGAUCCUCAAUUCUUUAUGAAACGUCAUCAACAGGAAGAUACAAGUCCUCUUUUAAUGUCUCAUAAUCCAUCCAUUUGGCAUUCUUCUGAAUUUGUUUCUCGUCCAUUCUUACGAAGCUCAAGUAGCAGUGCAGAUUUAAUAGAAAUGAUGGCUCGUCAACAAAGAAAACCUAACGUAUCUCUUACAAGUUCGCCCAAUAGUGGUAUUCAUCCUAUCUUGAAUGAAGAGGACAGUGGUUGGACAGGGGAUUCAUUCAAAGGAGAAAGCCCAUCAUCGUCAUCUUAUGAACGACAAAUGAACAAUAUAGAUAUCAUUGAAAAUAUAGACACAACGACUUCACUCUUACAAACUCCCACGCGUUCUUUAUGGCUUGGUCAGUUAUAUGAUAUCACUAGUCAAACAUCAAUUGAGUUGAAUGCUCUCUUUUCACAAUUUGGUGUCGUUGAAAGUAUUCGACUCUUACCAGAUCGUGAUUGUGCUUUUAUAAAUUUCGUUACAGUUGAGGAUGCUAUAAGAGCAAAAGAUAUCGUCAUCAAUAAAUUAUUUUGUCGUCUUUUUUCACAUUCAAACUAUCCUGUCAAAGUUGGUUUCGGAAAGCUGACAUCAGAAACACCGCAACAACAGCAUAUCUUUCAGUCACCUAUUGCAACAUAUGAUACAACACAGGGACCCACUAGAGCUUUAUGGGUGGGGAAUAUUCCGAUAAAUACAACACAAGCAUCAUUAGGAUCUAUCUUUGCCUCUUUUGGUAUGAUUGAAUCUAUCCGUGUUUUGAGUCAUAAAAAUUGUGGCUUUAUCAACUUUAUUCAUCAAGAAGAUGCCAUUCGGGCAAAGAAGUCACUUCAUAAUAAAGAAAUUAUGGGGCCAGGUACUGGCUUAGUUAAGAUUGGCUUUGCUAAAGUACCUCCCUCCCCUACUAUCACACCUGCUACUCAUAAAUCAACUCUUUUAUCUUCUAAAAAUAAUAAUGUAGCAGAUGAUUUACAACAUUCAACAACAAGUGUUGAUGUCGUACAACAACAACAACAACAACAAAUGGAAAACUAUUUUCAUUCAUGGUCUUCAUCAAUGACAAUGGAAGACCAACAACAGCAACAAUGGAUGGUUUAUAUGAUGGAGCAAAUGAUGGGCAAUAACUCUAAUAGUGUCAUUACUGCUAUUGUAGCUGAGCGUAAGUUGAUUAUGCAAGAGUUUGGUGAAGAUGAUUCGGAUGGUCCGACUUUUGACGCACUUCAUUUGCCUCAAAAAUAUUAUCAUUCUAUUCCUGCAGCGCCUGAAUUAGGUCAAUCAAGAAAAGUGGAUAUUUCUCGUUUAAGAGAUAUUCGAAAAAGGCUAGAUACUGGAAGUAUUACGGUGAAAGAAUUAGAAGUGAUUGCACUUGAAUGUCUUGACGAAAUAGUUGAACUCUGCAGUGAUUAUAUUGGCAAUACCAUCAUUCAACGUUUAUUCGAGAAAUGUUCAGAAACAACUAAAUCUCUUAUGUUAGAACAAGUGGCUCCUUAUUUAGCCUCUAUUGGUGUCCACAAAAAUGGAACAUGGGCAGCACAAAAGAUUAUUGAAACCACUCGACUUUUACUUUUACCUUCUCAAACUACGUUACUCUGUAAUCAUAUUAAACCUUAUGUACCCGCCUUAUUAUUAGAUCAAUUUGGUAAUUACGUUGUUCAAUGUUGUUUGGGUCUAGGUCCUCAUAGAAAUCAAUUUAUCUUUGAUGCAAUUGUUGACUCCUGUUGGGAGAUCGCUCAGGGUCGAUUUGGUGCACGAGCAGUUCGCGCUACCUUAGAAAGUCCUCAUGUGACAAAGAGACAACAGAAAUAUAUAGCUGCUGCAUUUGUACAACAUGCCUUACUUUUAGCUACCAAUGCAAAUGGGGCACUUUUACUUAUUUGGUUUUUGGAUACCUCCGGUAUCCCUGGUCGUUAUCGUGUCUUGGCUCCACGUCUUCUACCUCAUUUAAACAAGUUAUGUAUUCAUAAAUUGGCUUCCUUAACCAUUCUUAAACUUAUCAACCAACGUCAGGAACCAGAAGCAAGAGCCUUGAUUCUUGAUGCUCUCUUCUUCUCAGCGUCCUCUCAACAGGAAGUACCAUCCCUAAUUGAUGAUGUUCUUCAUGAUCAAGUGCAUGGUGUCAACCUUAUUCAAAAGAUCCUUUCAAGUUCUUAUAUUGAAUUACGUGAAAGACAGCGUAUUGCAGAACGUGUCAAAUAUUAUUUGACAAAGCUGAAGCUUCAACACAUACAGGGUUAUAAGAGAUUAGUAGAAGAGAUUAAUAUGGUCAUGGUUGAUUCUGCUCCUGGGGCCAGCUUAGGUGUUCCUACUCAAUUUUCAAUUAGUCCAAGUUUAGCAGCAGCUUUACAUGCAAAAUACAUGCUACAAAACGAGGAUAUGAAUGACGGGGAAGAUAAAACAACGGCAACGAUGGUAGCUAACUUUUAUGCUGCCGCUGCUGCCGCUGCCGCUGCUACGAUAGCAUCCAAUUCUUCUACUUUGAAACAAAGCAACAAUGACUCUCAUGAAGAAAAAACCCAAUAAUAAUAGGAUACCCCAUACAUACCCCACAGCACACACACUCUCAAAUAUAUAUACAAAUAUAUAUAUAUACUCUUUUACCCUUCACUCUCUCUUUUUUAUUAUAGAGUAAUCUUAUUUAUUCUUUUUUUUUUACUUACAUAUAUCCUUUCCUUAUAUACUCGUAUUUUUACCAUCCUUCUUUGGACUAUAUAUAUAAUAUAUAUAUUCAUUCUUUAUAUACUCACUCACUCAAUCGCACACACACACACA